AUGAUUAGGCAAGCUACGAUAAAAAAUGCUGUCCCAAGGCGGUAUCUUUCACGUCUAACAAAACCAUACACUCAUUAUCAAUAUCUAAGAUUCAAUCACUACAGCACCUCAUCACCUUUUCUUAAGAAUGACUGCAAUUCAUCAGCCACAGCGAGAGCCCCAGUUGCCUCAGUACCUUCAAGAUCUACACCUGCUCCAAGUUUUAAUGUAGAACCUGCACCUGCAACAAAACUAUCCCAUAAACUACGUCAAGAUCCAGCAAUGGAUAACUCCCUAAUUGGUCUCACUGGUGGCCAAAUAUUCCACGAAAUGAUUUUAAGAAACAACGUAGACACAGUCUUCGGAUAUCCUGGGGGCGCCAUCCUCCCAGUAUACGACGCCAUCCAUGAUUCAUCCGCUUUUAAUUUUGUUCUACCGAAGAAUGAACAAGGUGCAGGCCACAUGGCUGAAGGGUACGCAAGAGCAUCAGGUAAACCUGGAGUCGUCCUAGUGACUUCAGGACCUGCUGCGACGAAUGUCAUUACUCCCAUGGCGGAUGCUUUAGCUGAUGGGGUUCCCAUGGUCGUCUUCACGGGACAAGUACCUACUUCUGCCAUUGGGACGGAUGCAUUCCAGGAAGCUGAUGUGUUGGGUAUUUCUAGAUCUUGUACAAAGUGGAACGUCAUGGUUAGGUCUGUGGAGGAAAUGCCUCGUAGAAUUAAUGAGGCUUUUGAAAUAGCAAUGAGUCGGAGACCUGGGCCUGUUUUGGUGGAUUUGCCUAAGGAUGUUACGGCUGCAAUUUUGAGAAAUCCAAUCCCAGUGAAGACUACUUUACCUUCAGGUGCUUUAUCUCAAUUGACUAAAUUGGCUCAUGAUGAAUUUAUUUUAGAAAAUAUCAAGAAGGCCGCCGAUUUGAUUAAUAUUGCGAAGAAACCUGUGUUAUAUGUCGGUGCUGGUAUCUUAAAUAAUAUGGAAGGUCCACGGAUCUUGAAAGAUUUAAGUCAACGUGCGAAGAUUCCAGUUACUACAACCAUUCAAGGUUUAGGUGCAUUUGAUCAAGAAGAUCCAUUGUCUUUAGAUAUGUUAGGUAUGCAUGGUUGUGCUACUGCUAAUUUAGCUGUACAAAAUUCUGAUUUAAUUAUUGCUGUUGGUACAAGAUUUGACGAUCGAGUUACUGGGAAUAUUUCUAAAUUUGCUCCAGAGGCUCGUCGUGCUGCUUUGGAAGGUAACGGUGGUAUUAUUCAUUUUGAAAUUAGUCCAAAGAAUAUUAAUAAAGUCGUAGAAGCUCAAGUUGCUGUAGAAGGCGAUGCUGCUGCGAAUAUUGAAAAAAUGUUGUCAAUGAUUUUCCCUGUUAGAGCAAGAUCAGAAUGGUUGAAUACUAUAAAACAAUGGAAGAAGGAAUUCCCAUAUGAUUACAUGAGGGAAACACCAGAGUCCAAGCUAAAACCUCAAACUGUUAUUACUAAAUUGUCAAAAUUAGCAAAUUCAACUGGUAAACCUGUUAUCGUCACUACUGGUGUUGGUCAACAUCAAAUGUGGACUGCUCAAUAUUGGACAUGGAAAAAUCCAAGAUCAUUCAUUACUUCCGGUGGGUUAGGUACCAUGGGUUAUGGGCUACCUGCUGCAAUUGGUGCCCAAGUAGCUAAACCGGAAGCUUUAGUCAUUGAUAUCGAUGGUGAUGCUUCAUUCAACAUGUCAUUAACCGAAUUAAGUUCCGCUGUUCAAGCCGGUACCGCUGUUAAAGUUUUAAUUUUAAAUAAUGGAGAACAAGGUAUGGUUACACAAUGGCAAUCAUUAUUUUACGAACAUCGUUAUUCUCAUACUCAUCAACUGAAUCCAGAUUUCAUGAAAUUAGCUGAUGCUAUGGGGUUGAAAGGUAUCAGAGUUAAGAAGCAAAAUGAAUUGGAUUCAGCAUUGAAAGAAUUCAUAUCAUAUAAGGGCCCAAUCCUCCUGGAGGUAGAAAUUGAGAAGAAAGUUCCUGUUUUACCCAUGGUACCAUCUGGUAAGGGGCUAGAUGAAUUUAUAAACUAUGAUCCGAAGGUAGAAGUUGAACAGACUAGAUUGCGUCGUGAACGUACAGGCGGUAAGCAUUAA